CUCCUCAGCAGCCGGUGUGGCUGCCCUGGUGCUGGGCAGCCCUCAGCCUGGGUCUCCUCUCCUUGCUGCUGCUGCUGGCACAGAUCAUCCUCGUCAGCUUGAGCUUCCACUAUUUAGGACAACAGGCAAGCUGCACCCUCGGGGAAGAGAGCCCCAGGUAUGGGCAACAGACACUGCGAGGUCAAUGCCAGUUCUGCCCAGCCGGCUGGCUGUGGGAUGCGGGGCAGUGCUACUACUUCUCCUCUGCCAAGAAGAGCUGGGAGCAGAGCAGAGAGGACUGCUGCUCCAGAGGGGCACAGCUGGUCACCGUCCGAGCCAACGCCACCUUGGCUUUCCUGGUGCGCAUAGCCAACAUGGAGGUCUACCACAUGGGGCUGAGGCGGGAUGGCUCCAGGUCUGACUGGAAGUGGCUGGAUGGCACCGAACUGAAGGGGUGA